AUGGCGUCCCAAGUGGUCGCCGUUGAGAAAAUGCAAGAUCUUCCAAGAUUGCAAGAUCCACCAACAUACCUCAUAUCAAUCGCGCACACCUCACUAAAAAGGGGUGAGGGAGCUGACUUCCUCACCAAAGAAGAGGAGCAGGAGGAGAAAGGUGUGAAACCUAAUAAAGUUUAUUAUGUUAUUUAA